AUGUCCGUCGCCGCCGAGUUUGAAGCCGCGAACAAGCAGUACGCUGCGCAAUUCAACAAGGGCGACCUUCCCCUGCCUCCUGGCCGAAAAGUCCUCGUCGUCACUUGCAUGGACGCACGCAUCGAUCCCGCCCGCGCGCUUGGCCUCUCCGAAGGCGACGCGCACGUCAUCCGCAACGCCGGCGGCCGCGCCUCCGACGCCCUGCGCUCCGUCAUAAUCUCCCAGCAGCUGCUCGGCACCCGCGAAAUCAUCCUCAUCCACCACACCGACUGCGGCAUGUUGACGUUUAGCGACGAGGUGCUGCGCAGCAAGAUCCGGACGGAGCUCAAGGAGAACGCGGACCAUCUCGCCUUUCUGCCGUUCGGGGACCUGAGGCAGAGCGUGGCCGACGACGUGGCGCUGCUGCAAAAGUCGGGCCUGGUGCUGGACGUCCCCGUCUCGGGCUACAUUUACGACGUCAAGACGGGCGCCAUCACCAAGGUCUAA